GCGUCAGGCUGUGCCGCCACUGCAUGCCGGAAGUUGACAGAGGUGAACUCUCGUCACAUGAAGGCAUAGUUUGUUUUACUCGUUUCAAUUUCCUUCAAUUUAUAAGCAUUUUAAACUAUUAUAGUUUGUUUGUUUUACCAUUAUCUUCAUGCCAAACGCACACAUGGCGAGAACCUUCUUCCGAAUACUGAAAGGCUGUCAGAACCUUGCUUCAACCCCAUCCAAGUACCCUCAACCAUUCACAAGCAGCGUUGUGCGCACCAUAGUGGGGAUGCCCUUCCCGUUUUCUUUCAAGCCCCGGGACUUCAGUCAGCCAAAUUCCUCCUGGAGUGAAGAAAUGAUGCGGUUAUAUGACUACUACAACAGCCAGUGUGAGGUGGAGACUGAAAGCGGGGAGAAACAGAGGGGACCCUGGAGGAGACUACCCAGCUACAAUCGCACCCUCAAGUAUGCUAAAGGUGGCGCCUAUCUAAGUAAAUUGAUCCAGUCCAAAAACCGUCUCUUUACCCGCAGCAUCAAAACCGCAGGGGCCGCCUUUGAGUAUGUUGUUUUUCUUAACAAAGAAGAGCAGAGGGCCGUCUGCAUUUUCCAGGCGGGAUACCUGCUGGAGGGGCCCCCGGGACAUGUCCACGGGGGGGCAAUCGCCACCAUGAUUGACUCUGUGACAGGGACUCAUGCAGCGUACAUAUCUGGACCUCUGAUGACUGCCAACCUAAACAUCGAUUACCGCAGCCCGAUCCCACUGGGAAGUACGGUGUUAAUCGAAAGCACCCUCGAUAAGAGGGAAGGCAGAAAGACCUUUAUUUCCUGUAAAGUGACCAGCACCGAUGGCUCCAAGCUGCACACGGAGGCCAAAGUCCUGUUCCUGUCAAUCAAUGUCAGCCAUUUAUUGGGAGUGUGACACAAAUCUAAAACGCUAUUGGUUGUGUCUCGUUGGACUUCUUGGGAAAAAAGUUUUUUUUUGUGUUUUUUUGUGUUUUUUGUGUUUUUUUUGUGUGUGUUUUAUGUGCCUAACUUAUUUUAGAAUUUUUUUUUUUUUUUUUAAGACAGUGGGACACUAACCAUGACUUCAAACUGUUACACUCGUUGUAAAAGCCUUAUCAUAUGUCAUUCACUGCAUUGUUCAGAUUGUACUGAGCAGCCAGAACUGUUCCAAGGUUCUAUGGUUAUAAUCACACUUUUUCAAUUUGUUUUUUUUUUUUUGCACACUUCUGUGGUGGCGUUACAAAAAGACAAAAACUCAAGAUUUUUGUAGCUGUUAGAUGCCCCCCUCACCCCCCUUCCCACCCGAGGUUGGACUAUAUGUGCCGACUUGUCAUGUCGUCACACGAGUGCUACGUGACGUCCGUACAUUUCCAUAUCGUACUAAUUUAUCUUACUUGACUACCUCAUUAUUUACUAACACCAACAUCACACACUGUAAAAUCUUCUCCACAUGUCGGGUCCUUAACAUAUUCAAAACUUAAUAUGCUGUAUGAAUUUCUAAAAAAAUUCAUACAAAAUGAUGAAAGUAUGAGUCGUCUUUUAAAGUAUCAAGAACAGACAAAUGUGUCGCUGAGACAGUCCGAGCUAAAUAUACAUCAAAUAAAACGCAACUUUGACGUCAAUAGAGAAACUCGCAUCAUUUAUCCGACACGUAUGGAUGUUCUUCAGCCCCCUCCCACUAUAAUAUUGCGCAAUUAUCAUCUCGUAUAUAGUGCUGACAUUGCACACAUCUGAGGAGCACGCACUUGUGUGGUUUCUCUGUCGGAGGGCCCCUUUUGACCUCAGUUGAAAAGCUACCUUGCUAUCUGUAACGUAUUUGCGGCGUGUGUGUGUGUGUGUCAAGAGUCGUGGUCAAGGUCAGGCAAGGGUGUUGUCAGUUAAAACUAUUACACACACACACACAAAAAAAAAACAUGACUAUUAUUAUACUAGGUUAUUUUAAAGAAAGUCCUUUAGUGUGGUUCUCCAUGGUUCUCACCUGGAAAAGGGGGCAGUGCCAUCUCAGGGUCGGGGAUGAGAUCCCUCUGGGUUUUCUUCAUGAAUGAAGGAAGGGUGGAACGCUAGAGGCAGAUUGGUGCGGCAGAAAGGACGGGAUCAAAACUGCUACUUUCAGCAUCGUUCCUAAUAUGAAUGGAAAACUUUAAAAUAAAAAAAACUUAUCUUUCAUUCAGCUCGCUUGUAUCCAAGAAGUUAUUCCCUGAUUUAGUAAACAACGAAAAUACAUUUCUGGGGAUCACAAUAGACGAAAAUAUGAGCUGGAAAACCUCAUAUUACAAAUAUACAACAUAAGGUGGUCACAAAUAUUUCAGUAUUGAACAAAGCAAAAUUUUGUUCUCAAUCAGAAAUCACUCCACACUCUUUAUUGCUCUCUGGUUCGAUCAUAUCUUACUUAUUGUGUGGAAAUAUGGGAUAAUAACUAUAAAAGUAAUCUUCACUCGCUAAAUGUACUGCAAAAAAGAUAAAAUAAAAUAAAAAUAUUAGGAAAGCAGGAAGUGAACAAAUUGGAAGUUUUCAGGAAGUGAAAAACAGUUACUGAUUGUAAAAGUACCAGAUGGAGGGGUAGGAUUUAAUAAGCUUUGCUUCUUCCUACUCCUUUUGGACAUGUGGAACUGGGAACUGAUUAUGUGAUGCAUUCAAUUGUAUUCUGAUGCAUGUUCAAAUGAAAUUAAACCAUUACCAUUACCACUUUGGUACGUGACAAAAAUUAUAAAUAAAAAAAAUUAAUAAAUUUUUUUUUUAACUAUAUUAGGAAAGCAGGAAGUGAACAAAUAUAACUGUUACUGAUUGGGAUGCACUCAAUUGUAAUCUGAUGCAUGUUCAAAUGAAAUAAAACCAUUACCACUUUGGUACGUGACAAAAAUUAUAAAUACAAAAAAUUAAUUAAUUUUUUUUUAACUUAAACUAUAUUAGGAAAGCAGGAAGUGAACAAAUGUAACUGUUACUGAUUGGGAUGCACUCAAUUGUAAUCUGA